CCCAUCUACCAAGCACACUGACCAAGACUUCCAUAUCUACGUGAGCGUCGAGAAUGACCGAAUGAUUCUUCAAAAAUGACUCCAACGAAGAAGGAUGCGAAGCGCAAAUACGUUACAACCGCCUGCGAUGCAUGCCGGCAGAGUAAAGUGAAGUGUGAUGGAGCCCAACCUUCAUGCUCAAAUUGCCAGAACAAGAUGAAAAGCUGCACUUAUCGAGCUGGAUCUGAUAAGAGAAAAAUAUCUCUUCGAUUUGUGGUCGACCUUCUUGUUAUCCGGCUGGAUGAGCUAUCUCAAUAUCUCCUUGACCAGGGAUUGUCUCCACCUCCCAUGUUCAAUGAAAAUGAACUUGCAUUGAAAAAUGCUUUAGAAAUUCUUGGACUUGGCCAUGUCCAGUUGGCCUUGGAGAGAAUUGAGACCAAGGAUAGGCAUCUAGCGCAUUCUUCUCUCUCAGGAGCUACUCAGGUUUUGCUUGAAGAUCCCGAGGGGGCGGAUCUUGAGAUCGAUCUCAGCGAAUUGAACUCAAAUAUGGAUAUAUUGGCGCCCCCGCUGAUGAACGACGGCUACGAAGAGAUCUACUAUCCUACAUCGCAAAAGGCUUUAGCACUUCCAGAAGUUAAUGAACACUCACUACCGUCCUUGUUCGAAGACGAAAUUGUUGAUUUGGGGGGCCUCUCGCAUAUGGGUCAAGAAACGAAUCACAAAGACUUAACCCCACGGGGUUUGCCUGAUCUUGCCCGGUCUGUUGAAUUGAAUCACCAUCAGCCAAGUGAUUUUCCAGGUCUAGAGUCUUCGGGCCGCCUUUCCAGUACUUGGGACACCGCGCCAAGUAGUGAUGAACUGAAGCAAAACGCCAAUGGCAGCGAAGACCUGGAAGCUAUUGUGCACCGCCUCUCCGACCGCAUGGGGAGUCUCCAAAUUGGAUCUGAUAGACAAGUGCGGUAUUAUGGCCCGACGUCUCACUUUAACUUGUUGCGAAUGCCUACCCCAGACAAGUUAACCAUCCAUCGAAAUGUGCGAAAAGAUGGACAAGACUACUUAUACCGCAUGGGCAUCGGUAAAAGUGUGCCAGUCGAUCUGGAGGCCCAUCUGAUUAACUUAUUCUUUACCUGGCACAAUCCAUCCUUUGAUGUGGUGGAUAGGAAAAUGUACGAAGCGGCAAAGCAACAUUGGCAAGUCGACAUGGAAGAUACACCAUAUUAUUCUGAAGCUUUAAAUAACGCCAUGUGUUGUCUUGGUGCUGCAUUCGAGUCUCGCUAUCAUCCGAACUUCAUCACGUAUCCAAAAUCCGUUUCAGACUUCUUUGCAGACCGUGCGAAGACAUUGCUUGACAUUGAGCUUGAUUCGCCAUGCUUGGCGACCGUGCAAGCAAUGGUAGUGUUGAGUGGACACGAUAUAGGUUGCAAGCGUGACGCGAGAGGAUGGCUUUACAGCGGAAUGGCCAUGCGACUUGCCUUUGAUCUUGGACUACACCUCGACAUGUCCUCCCACGUAUCAGAUGGGUCCAUCAGUGCGGCCGAAGCUGAAUUGCGACGCAUGGUCUUCUGGGGGGCUUACACACUAGACCAGCACUGGGGAUUCCUCCUCGGACGACCAUUCCGCAUCAAUAUGGAAGACGUAACAGUUGAUAAGCCUGGUCGCGAUUCGAACUGGGAUCAGGCUCAGUGGUGGACCCCCUAUGGACUCCCAUUCCCCGUUUCAUCCCUACCAGACUCAUCGAUUGUGAAUCCAGUCACGGCUUUGAGCCAGUAUCGUACCCUACUGUGUGAGAUUAUGACACCGUUAGGUCAUGUAUUGUACGGAUCUUCAAAGAUAUCCAAGCAUGAUCUGCAAAGUCUCAACGCAAAGACUACUAAAAAGCUUCUCCAGUGGAAAGCCAAUCUACCCACACCCCUGCAAGUGGACCUCGACAACCCGAAUAUGCCAUAUCUACCGCACGUGUUGCUACUUCAUAUGCAUUAUUACCAAGCGAUCAUCCAUGCACAUCGGCCGUGGAUCUCCAAAAGCUCAAUUCAACCCCAACCGGCUCAAGGCCCCGGUCAUACCCAUGCUCGCAAAAUGUGUGUCGAAUCCGCAACCGCAAUUGCUAAACUGCUCCACCUGUACGAAUUACGCUAUACUUUCCGUCGCAUGAACAUCCAAGCAGUUGCCAUAACCUGCUCAGCGGCGCUAAUGUUGAUAUUCGCGACAAUUCUCGAUCGCCAUUCCAAUCAUGACCAUGAGACGGUGGCUCAUCUCAGCCUUUGUUUCCGAGCGCUGGACGAGUUCGGUUUCUCAUGGGAGAGUGCAAAACGAGCGCAAAGUUUCUUGCUUCAUAUGCAGGGCUUAUGGGAAGCAAAGGUCCGCCCUUAUCGCUCUGCGAAGCGUGCUAUGCCUGAGAUUCAGGAUAAAUCUCGAGGGCAAUCACCUCAAAUGAAAAAGUCUCGCACUUCUCUUGAAAGUGGGGACGGAACUGAGAUUUCUGGAGAUAGUUCAACAGCAAAGGAGUUCAGUGGGAAAGAUGAUGAUCUCAUUGAUUGCGACUCGGAGGAUUUUGACUGGUUAUGGGCUACUAGCAUGGGCGCUGUUCCUCCUCCGGAGUGAAAUCUGUGGGAACUUGAAUUCUGAUUACAUUGGUAGGCUGGGGCCUGCCAAGUAUAUAUGCCUGAUAUCUUAACAUUUUGCCAUAUUGCACGGGGGCUCUAACUGACUGGAAGUGUGAAUAUCACCAUAUCGUCGCUUUGAAUCGCAAAUCUACUGUGGUUGUGAUUGCUUUCGAAUUGGCUUUGUGUCUCGCGCAAUUUGCUCUGCCCGUUUUACCUCGUUUAGCAAGGACUUGCCAGUCAAAUUUUGCUAUUAGAUCUUGGGCUGUGUAACUUCAAGCUCAUGCUUCAGUUUCUUCCAAGAGUCCAUGGCUCGCAAAGCAGCAUAUUCCACCACUUUGCUAUCCUCAUCCCGCAUGCGACGAUCAAAUAUCUCCAGAGACACCCAACCCUUGUAGCCUGUCUCGACAAUCCACGCCCUCGCAACUUCGGCAACCGGCAUAUAUGCACCAAGCUCAGUCUCGUACGGAAAUGGACGUGCAUGCUUUGACCAGGUAAAUUGAGGCGCUUCGCCUUCCACAUACCACGGAUGAUCCUUGGAGAACGGAGGAUCAAACCUCUCCCCAUCGGACAAUUGCACGAAGAAUAUCUUUUCCAGUGGACAUUCACGCACAAAGCGACGGAGAGAGUCCCGCAAGAUGUUGUCUGCAUCAGGAUACGUUCCCGAUGGCGCGAAAGGAUCGGCCCACAACUUCGUGAUGAUAUGGAAGGUAUCAAGACACAACCCAAAAUUCUCCCGCGAGACUGAUUCAACAAGCUUCACUGAAGACUCCCAUGUUGAAUGGCAGGUUGACCAAGACAUGGGUUCAUACGCGAUCGAGACAAGUGGCCGUUUGGAGCUUCCCAGGUCACAUAGUUGCCGUAGUUCCCUGGUAAUGAUAUCUUCGUCGUCAAUAGCAUCGACCCCGUAUUGAGCAGGAACUUGCAAGAAUGGUGCAUGUAGAAUUCUGGCUAUUUCGAUCCAUUGGGUGGCCUUCUGUAGCCUGUCGAUCAAUGGCGAGCGGUCUCCUUCGUAAUUCUCGAAGGGGGCUAACGAGAGGAUGCUGAGACCAUUAUCGUCACAGAUCGCCCUUAUUCUGCUGGCGCCUUCGAAAACAGAUAGGCCAUUGGUCCGGGAGAAUCUUUCCAGGUCUGAAAAGACUAUUUCAAUACCGGCGAAUCCAGCUUGGGCAGCAACCCGGACUUUGUGAUCCAGAGCAUGAGAAGGGUGCUGGCCUAAGGAUAGGCUGCCAAUAGCCAACUGGUUGGUAAUCAUCGCGGUAUGAGAAGUGUUCAAAUUUUAUGAUUACAGCAGAUAAUAGACUG